AUGGAGAUAGAUACUGGAAUUGAUAUUAGUGCAUUCUUAGGAUCUCAAAAGGUUUUGAUGAAGGAUGAUUUACAAAAAAUGAUUUCAACUAUGGAAGACUUGUGGGAACGUAGAUUAUGGAAACAAUUAACGGAUAUUCUUAUAGAGUUUUUUGAAAAUCCAGAAAGUGCAUCUUUUCGAAUGGAUAUGUUUAAAUUUUUCGUGGUUUCAUUUUCACAACAUAUUAAUAAAUUAAAGCUUGUAGUUCUUGGGUUAAGUGCAUCAAGACAGUGCAAAAAUAAUAUUGAGUCUCUUGAAUUUUUGUCAUUUCUUUUAGAAAAGGUUAACGCUCCUGCAACUAAAGAUGCAUAUGUAUAUGCAUCAAUUGAAACAGCACAUAUGAAAUUGCUUUGUGGUGAUUUAGAUGGCUCUUUUGAGCUUUUAAAUAAAAGUUCUAAGAUUCUUGAUGAACUUGACUCUGUUGACCCCAUAAUAUAUGCAUCGUUUUAUCGUGUAAAUGCUGAUUAUUAUAAAUUUAAAGCUGAUUAUGGCUUAUUUUAUAGAAAUUCUCUUCUUUUUCUUGCAUGUAUUGAGCUUUCUUCCCUCAGUAUUCAUGAACAACGACAACGAGCAUAUGAUUUAAGUAUUGCAGCUCUUUUAGGCGAUACGAUAUAUAAUUUUGGAGAGCUUCUUCUUCAUCCUAUCCUUGAUACAUUGUCUGGUACAGAGCAUGAAUGGCUUCGUCAACUUUUAUUUGCUCUUAAUUCGGGAAAUAUUUUAAAAUUUGAAAGUCUUAUGGAACAUUUUUUAAAACAGCCUCUUUUACGAUCUUCUAUUCCAUUUUUGCGUCAAAAAAUAUGUCUCACGGCUUUGAUUGAAGCUGUAUUUAGAAGAUCUCCUCAUGAUUGUAUUCUUAAAUUUUCCACUAUUGCUAGCGAAACUUGUUUGCCCGAACAUGAGAUAGAAUAUUUGGUAAUGAAAGCAUUAAGUCUGGAUCUUAUUCGUGGAUUUAUUGAUCAGGUGGAUGAAAUUGUUCGCAUAACCUGGGUUCAUCCAAGAGUUUUAGAUAGAAAUCAGAUAUGUGUUAUGAAAAAACGACUUGAGGAUUGGUAUAAAUCGACUCAUCAACUUGAAACAUUUAUAACAAAUGUGGGAAGUAAUAUAAUUGAAAAUGAAGUUAUUGUACGAUAG